CUCUCACUUUGGAAUUCAUUUCGCGUCGCCCUCUCUAGUAUGCUCUAUCAGUCUAGGGUUUCGCCAAGAUCAGAUUCUUGAACUGCGACUCAAUUACGAGCUUCUACGAAUUCAUUUCGCGUCGCCCUCCCCAGUCUGCUCUAUCAGUCUAGGGUUUCGCCAAGGAGGAUGGAUAACUUAGACUUGGAUCACUUAGCAUGGGAGGGUAUAUUUGGUGCUCAAGAGGCUCAAAUUGAGUCCUUGUUGGCUGAGAUUGGGCAAGCGCAAUCAGAUAUAAGAGGAUUGGUAGCCCUAACUCUGAAGUUGAAAAGAACAAAAGAUGUACUGUGUGAUUCAAGCUUGACGGUACAGGGUGUGGUAUCCUCCCUUGAGGAGGGGGCCACUGCUGAGGAGGGGGCCACUGCUGAGGAGGGGGCCACUGACUAUCUUCUUCCGGAAAACCUUCCGGAACCAAUAACACCGGAGAGUUUGGAUAAUCACAGGAAGACUUUGGAGUUCCGGAAGAAGAUAGCUUCUUUGCAGAAGAUGGAGAAUAAAAACCAAAAGCGUAUUUUGGAACUGCAGGCUAAAUUGGAACGUAUUAACGAAAUAAAGAGAACAUUUUCGGCCGCCAGUGUGAUCUCCACCCUCAGGCGUGUUAAUCAACACGUGGAAAGUGCGGUUGCUGAACUAAGUGGCAUGUUGGAUGAAGAACUAAGUGAACUAAGUGGCUUGUUGGAUGAAGAACCAAGUAUUCUGGACCCUUAGGCUAGGCGGGUGAAUCAACAUAUGGAAAAUGCGGUGUGGCUUAUUUGGAUAUUCUGGACCCUCAGGGCUUACUGGAUUUUUGGAAUUUACUUAGCUUACUUAGUAGUUCUAUGUUUUUUGUAAUAUGAGCUGAACAUUGAACAUUGUAGUAGUAAUGGUUUGGAAAGUGAAACUGUUGAUUUUUGUUAUCU